AUGAUGCGGGGAUCGUCGCAGCAGUUCUUGGGGAUCCCAGGGCCCCAGAAGAUCCUCAAGACCUUCGGCUCCUUGUGGCUCUCACAGACAGCAGAAGAUAAACCAUCUGUGGGAACAUCUUCAUCUUGUCCUGUAUCCGAAAUCAGUUGUCAAGCUAAGUAUCAUGGCCAAGACACCUGCUGUUUCAACUACCCCGGUGGCUCAAUGCUGCAGACCCAGUUCUGGGAUGUGGACCCUGCUCUUGGCCCUGAAGACUCCUGGACUAUUCAUGGACUCUGGCCGGACCACUGCGGCGGCGGCUUCGACCAAUUCUGUGACUCCCAUCGCAAAUACAGCAAUAUUUCACUAAUCAUUGUCGACUCGGGUCGUGGAGAUCUACUUGAAUACAUGAGCGAAUACUGGAAGGACUUCCGCGGUGAUGAUCAGAACCUUUGGCAACAUGAGUGGAACAAACAUGGCACUUGCGUCAGCACGCUGGAAACACACUGUUAUGAUGAUUAUCAGCCUCAACAAGAGGUUGUGGACUACUUCGACCGGACAGUGGAGGUCUUCAAGGACCUCCCUACUCAUGAAUUCCUGGCCAACAACGGCAUCGUGCCAUCUUCGACACAGACCUACGCUCUCGCUGAUAUCGAAGGAGCACUAGAGCGUGCCCACGGAAGCCCAGUUGCUGUUCGCUGCCAACGCGGCGCCCUCAACGAGAUUUGGUAUUACUUCAACAUCGCAGGAAGCCUACAAACAGGAAAAUUCAUCUCUGCGCCCCCAGACGGUCAAAAAUCCAACUGCCCUUCGAAGGGUAUCAGAUACCCACUGAAACAUUCUCGGCCCGAACCCACUCGGACAACAACCACGGGUCACUCCGAACCCACAGCACCUAGCGACCCAUUCUCCGGCAAGGGAAAUCUAAUUGUCUCCAACCGCAACCAAAAGCACGGUUGCAUCAUCAGCUACGGAACCUGGUUUUCGUCAGGUACAUGUGCUACCUUCCGAACUGAAAAGAUAUCAGAUGAAUCGUUCUCUCUGAAAUCAAGUAAGGGGGCCUGUGCCUUUGAGGAAGACGGCCUUACUUGCGGACCGGAGGUCAAGACCCCGAGUGAAUUUACCAAUAAGGACGGAAAACUCGGCUACAAGGAUAAGACUACCUUCUAUGCUGACCAGCCGCCCAGAGGGCGUACACAGAGCAAUGUGUAUGCUUCGCAGGAAGAACGGUCCAUUGAAAUUGAAAUCAGCUGGUCUCCCAAGAGCUACUGA